UGAUUUGUACAGCUGUGUGUGACCGCCAUCUUCUGGAUAUCUAUUGACCUUACACACGUAUAAAACAGCACAUCGUACGGUAGAGGGGGCCGUAACACAAAGCUCUUAGUCUGACUCUGACUUGCAUGGUUGUGUCUAGUAUAAGUGAAAUCCAGCCCGCUUUCAGCAGCGCCAGCUCCCCCGUUAACACGGACCAAAGUUAUCCCGGAAUAAGGACAGCACGCAUGUGCCGUCAACCCGGAUGUAGAUAUGUUUGUGCGUCCCAUUUCACCAAGUUAUGACAAAUUUGCUGUUAAGAAUGAAUUAAAUAUCUUAGCACCGGGUGGACAAAGCGUUGCCAUUCCAAACCAGUCCAAACCGGGUUAACCAGUUGUGACAUGAUUUACGUGGACGGCACAUCUGAAUGACAGCUCCACAGCAAUCUGUCUCCGAAGAGCUGCACUUUUGAUUUACGAAUACAUCCUGCAACUUAAAGGAUGGACUUCCGCGGCAGGAGGCAUGAGCGAGGCAGCAACUGGACCGACCCGGAGAUAGUGGAGCUGCUCCAGCUGUGGUCCGACGAGUCGGUCCAGAUUGAAUUGGAGAGUUCAUUGCGCAACCAGCGUGUAUUUGACCGCAUAGCCCACAUCUUGCGUGAAAAGGGCAUCUACCGCACAGGUGACCAGUGCAGGGAGAAGAUCAAAAAGAUGAAGUUGGAGUACCGCCGCAUUAAGGACAACCACAAGAUGAGGUCUUGGAAGUUCUAUGAUGUGAUGGACAGGGUGCUGGCUAACCGACCCGCUAUUACCUACUCCUCCCUGGGCGGAGCUGUCAUAGCUCAACAAGUGUUUCAGAGCCCGGGUGGGCCUGACGCGUACUUGCAAGGACUUCCAGCAGGCUCCUUUGGUCCUACUUCCUCAGGUGGGUUUCUGUUUGGUCAGCCUCCAAAAACUGGAGAUCCACUGGAUAUUAAAUGUGAAGAUGUUGAGGAAAGCAUGCUGAACUCAGGUGUUGCACCCCCCGAGAUGUACUAUGGAUCUGGAGAUGACCAGGAAACUGAUGGGCAGUCCCUACUGGGGCCAGAGGACACUCUGGGUCGAGGAGAGAGCUCAACAAAUGCAAGAAUCUCACCUUCAGGUUUUAGUGACCUGAACAUUGCUAGCUCUGCCACAGCUGCCACCCAGGCUGCUGGUGGUCCUGUGCCACGGGACACAUCUGAGCAGCCCAGUAAGGAGGGUUCUCACCCCCCAACCUCUUUGAGACAGAGGAAGCGUCGCCGUGGUGGCAAAACAUCAUGGGAGCAUGGGGGUGCUAGAUGUGGUAGUCAGGGGCGCCUGGAUAAAGCCCUGGCCAGCUUCCUGAGCUGGCAGCAGUCAGCAGAGGAUCGCCUCCUCUCCCUUGAGGAGGCUCAGCUGGAGAGAGAGCUGCAGGCCGAGGAGCGCAGGGAACGGCGGGAAGACAGGAGGGCGGAACAGGAGCGCCAGCAUGAGCUUCACCUGUUCAGCAUGCUCACGGGGGCAUUGGUUGCUGUCAGACAGGGUGCUUCGACCGCUGCGACAACAUCGACUGACCCGUCCUUCUCACCCCUAGCUCAUCUGUCAGCUUCACUGAUGACCACAGCCGCCUCCUCUGUCUCGUCAUCUUUAUCUCAGCCACCUUCAGAAGCUCCCACAGCACAGGCCGUUUCCACUCAGGACACAAUAAAGUCAACACCGCCUACAUCUGUCAAGGCCUGCAAAAUGUCUCAGAAUGUUUUUGCAACACUGAGAGCUGCAGAAACUCCCGGCACUAGCGUGUACCUGUCCAACCGGGGUAACAGCAUCCGACAGCAUCAAGGCAUUCUCCAGGAGGGCUAUGCCCAAUAUGAAAUGGACAAACACCACGACACACAUAACCCUGAUGGUAUAAUCAACAUGGGUACCAGUGAGAACAAACUAUGCUAUGAUCUUCUUCAUAAACGGCUGACCAAGCCUGACAUGCUACAUAUUGACCCAUCCUUGUUGCAGUAUUCAGACUUGAGGGGACACCCAUUCCUGAGAGAGGAGGUUGCAAAGUUCCUGACUCACUACUGCUGUUCUCCAAACCCACUGAAAGCCGACAAUGUUGUGGUGAUGAAUGGCUGUGGUUCCUUUUUCUCAUGUAUUGCUGCAGUAAUUUGUGACCCUAAAGAUGCCAUGCUCAUCCCUACUCCUUUCUACGGUGUUAUCACUGAGGAUCUACUUUUGUAUAGUGACGUAAAACUCUUUCAUGUUCCUCUUGACUGUGAGGCCGAUGGCAAAGACAGCCGACCCUUCCACCUCACUGUAGGCAAACUAGAAGAAGGACUGAAAAAGGCUAAACAAGAGGGGUUGAUCAUCCGAGCUGUUAUACUGAUGAACCCCCACAACCCUUUGGCUGAGAUCUACACCCCGAAGGAGAUGAUUGCCUUCUUGGAGUUUGCCAAAAGAAAUGAGCUCCAUGCCAUCGUAGAUGAAGUGUACAUGCUGACGGUCUUCGAUGAAGCUGUCACCUUUCACAGUGUCCUCAGCAUAGACAGUUUGCCUGACCCACAGAGGACGCAUGUAAUAUGGGGGAUGAGCAAGGACUUUGCAAUGGCAGGAAUCAGAAUAGGCACUCUGUAUACUGAGAACAGAGACCUCGUGGAGGCUUUGGCCCAGCUGGGCUCAUUCCACAGUAUCUCUGGAACCACCCAGCACCAGGUAGCACAGCUGCUUCAGGACAGAGAGUGGAUCAGCGAGGACUUUUUGCCUGAGAACAGGUGCAGACUGAAAGCUGCUCACAGUUACCUAACAGGAGAGCUACAGAGUAUUGGUAUCCCCUACCUGGACAGGCCUGCUGCACUGUAUGUCUGGGCUGACCUCAGAAAGUACCUCAGAGAGUCGUCAUUUGAGGAAGAGUUGUCUCUGUGGAAGUGUUUCCUCAGACACAAGGUGGUGUUGAGCUGUGGUCAGGCCUUCUUCUGCUCCACACCCGGCUGGUUCCGCAUUGUCUUCGCAGACCAACAGCACCACAUUAAGCUUGGCCUGAAGCGAAUUAAGGAGGCUUUGAAAGGACUUGAAGAAAAAAGCAGAAGCCCUGAUUCACACUCUAUCAAAGAAGCCAGUAAGCAGAGCAAAAAAUCAGUGAAAGAGGACAGUGCAGAUUCAGACAAUGCUGCGAUUGUCAAGUCAACAUCAUCACCCCAGAGCAAGUCAUCCGACCAGCUGAAGGAGAAGGGUCGCCCUGUUCCUGACACAGGCUCGCUGGCCACUGAGGAGUUUGUGUUGGUAGGCUGCCAAGCAUCGAAGACCACAGAGGGGCUGGACUCUCUGAUUGGUACUCUCAGGCACCAGAUCCGCUCCUCUGAUUGGCUGGAAAAAAACACUCCAGAGCUGUCUGCCGGGGAGGACCCAGAGAUUCUCGAUGUAUUCAAGGCCCUGCUGCAAAGAGCCAGAAAGUAAGCUUAGGAUAAACAGGCACAAAUAUAGCUGCCAAAUUUCAAGAGGCAGUACUUCAGCAUCCUUCUUACUCCCUGCAUUUAUGGUGAAAAGCUUGACGCAAACGCCUGACACAAGGUCAAAUCUGAAGCAUAUUUCUGAGUGAAGAGGAAACAUUAGCUGAGAGCAGGCUAAAGACGUGAGAAGAAGAAACAUAAUGCAGUCCAGGCCAGGAUGGAAGAACAGGACAGAAUACUUAUCUAUCUGCAUCUUGAGGCCUUAUUUUUAAGCUGCUAAGAGAGACGGCCUUGAUUUUUUAUAAUCCAGACUAAGAAGAUUUAUGUUUAUUUACUACAAAAUUCUAAAUGAAUGCCAAAUGUAAAUCAACCAAAAUCAGUCACUUUCUAUUCUUAAACAUUUAAAGUCUUUUUAUCUGAAGUGUACAUCUUCAUUAUUUGGUCAUAUGCACUUUAUUUUAUCAGAAUGUGUUGUACUUUCUGUAAAGUUAAGGAUCUGUGAAUAAAGGAAUUAUUAUGUCUUUA